AUGGAUUGCACUGAAGCCAUUUCAAUGGAUCCCACAAUUUUCAAAAACUUUUAUCGAAGAGCUGUUGCUUUGAAAAAUCUUGGAAUUUUCGAAGAAGCCGAGAAAGAUUUGAAGAAAUGCUUGGAAUUGACAAAUAAUCAAGCAGCAACUGCUUUGCUUCAAGAAGUUCGUGGCAAAAAGAAUUUGAAAAUUAUUGAAAUGUUUGCGACGGAAAGAGAUGAUUAUUUAUCAUCGAAUGAGAAAUUUGAAGAGAUUCCGAUUGUUUGUGAAGAACCUUCGACUUCUUCAUCAACAUCACAAGAAAUCAUUAUUGAAGCUAUAAAAGAGAAAGCGAUUCCGAAAAGACCUAUGAAUUAUGGAGAAUUUGCGACUUCUUUGGUGUAUUUGCAAGAUCAACCUAUUGUUUUGGCAAAAUAUUUCAUGGUGAGAAGUGAUUUUACAAUCAGAGAAAUCAGCGAUAAAAAUAAUCCAAAAAACUUUGAUCUCCCAAAUUUAAAGAAAAAAUAUUUGAUGUUUUUUUUUAAAGAUUUCGAGAAAUUCGUUCGAAAGUAGAAAAUUUGAAGUUUCAAAAACAAAAAAAAAAUAAAAUCCGACAUAACCUUUAAAAUCUACUGAAAAUUCUGAAGACUUCAAUUUCUGUCAAAAUCUCAUUUUCAAACCAAAUAUUUUUUCCUAGGAAAUCGAUCCAAAUCGCUAUCAUUUUCUAUUCGAUGAUCUAAUCAAUGAUGGGCAAGCAUCUGAUAUAUUCUAUGCUCUUUCUCAAUAUCUUCGAUGUUUUCCUCAAAACUCGCCUGAAGUCGCUGAAAGAUUGUUGAAGUUAGCCGAAGUUGAGAGAUUUGACAUGCUUAUUAUGUUCUUGAGACCACAUGCGAAAGGCUGUGAGUUUACUGGUUUUUUUUUAAUUCACCCUAAACUUUUAACCUCAUUUCAGAUAUUUCUGACAUCUGCAAAUUUUUGUCGGAACAAGACUCGAAACUUGUAAUGGAAACAUAUUUGAAAGGAUGA